AUGUCUGAACGAAUCAUCCCUAACGGCACCACAGACGCUCAUCCCAUCUCCGGCCUCGAUGAGUUUCACACGCACCUACGAGACCUCGAAAACGACCCUUCUGUGCCUUUCAACCUCAAGCUCCUUGACGAUAUCGAGCUUCAGUUGACAGAAUCAAACAUCCCUCCUCUCCUCCCAACCGUCCUCCCGCCCCUAACCCGAAUCCUCAAAACCACCACACAAGACCCAUCGCCUCUCCUCUCCCUCACAAUCAAGCUCCUCUCCCCCUUGACAUUCACCCGCACCCUCACCAUCGCCGACCCUCCGUCCAUCCUCGCGGCUUUGUCCUCCCCUUUACCCGGCGCCAACCUCCUCGCCCUCGCCAUCAUCCACAAGGCCGCCAAAACUCCCACCGAGGCCGCCCUUCUCAGCACUCUCACCGAUGUUGUCGAGGCGCUCGUCACACGCUGGCUAGUGAGCCCAGACGUUGGCGUAAGUGAGCGCGCUGCCAAAAUCCUCGGCGACCUGCUCGAGACAGACUGUGAGACCAUCCGUGGCGAAGGCGUCAAUGGCGUGGGAAGCCAAAGCAACAUCAACGGCUUCGAUGUUGUCAAACGCCGCAUCCCGGGCCAUGGACGUCUCUGGCGGCUGAUUCUCCUCCAGCGGCCCAUGCUGGAACUCAUCACCACGCUCUGUUCCCCUGAAACGGUUCAUCCUCCCACCCGGCCUCGACAUCAGACUUCGCUCUCACAAGGCCGUCUGCUACGUCUCCUUACUCGUCUUUCAACACUUAAUAUCCGUGCCAUAAGCCAAACUGCUUUCCCAGAGCUAUUCCCUCUCUCUUCCGCUGCUAUCCAGGCUGCUGGUCAAGGCAUCUUGCAGUGGGCAGCGUUGACCAUGGUGUCCAAAUCAGAAGACAUCCUUAUGCAUCUCAACCUCAUCGAUUUCUUCGAGACUUUUGUCAGUGUAAUGCGCGUGUCUCGUCUCACCACUGAAGAGAACGCCAUUGUGAAAGCACUGGUCAGAGUAGCAGCUCAGGAUGAUGAGCAGCUGAAAGAGACGCUUCGAGGAUUACCAAACAGGACUGUGGAGGAAGAAGCCGAGCCUUUGCGCGCAUAUAUCAGCGAGAUAUUAAACUAA